GAGCUAAUCACACACUAUAACUGCCUCUCUGCCAAGUAACAGAAUACACCAUUUCUAUCUUCAGAUUCACUUUCCCUCUCUCUCCUUCUUCAGAUCCAUCCUUCACUCUCUUUAGGGACUAUACAAUACUAAUAGUAGAAAAUGUUAGAGAAAGUUGAAGGUUUCAACAUGGAGAAAGUAAUAGAGGAAUUUGAGGAAGUUACUAAGGAUGCUGGUAGAGUUCAAAUUGAAACUCUUAGGAAGAUUCUUGAAGAUAAUUCAGAAGCUGAAUACCUUCAGAAUUUAGGACUUAAUGGAAGAACUGAUCCUCAGAGUUUCAAGAACUGUGUCCCACUUGUUACGCAUAAAGAGCUUGAACCUUACAUCAAUAGAAUGAUUGAUGGUGAUCUUUCUUCAAUCCUCACUUCAAAACCAAUCACAACUAUGUCUCUAAGCUCUGGAACUACUCAGGGGAAGCCAAAGUUUGUGCCAUGGAAUGAUGAGCUUUUUGAGACCACAGUUCAGAUAUAUAAAACCUCUUUUGCCUUUAGAAACAAAGAAUUUCCAAUCACAAGUGGAAAGGCCUUAAGCUUCAUAUACAGCAGCAAGCAAUUCAAGACCAAAGGAGGGUUAGCAGCAGGAACAGCAACAACAAAUGUUUUCAGAAAUUCAAGAUACACUGUUGCAAUGCAAGCACUAAAAUCACAAUGUUGCAGCCCUGAAGAAGUGAUAUUUGGUCCUGAUUUUCACCAAUCACUCUAUUGCCACCUACUUUGUGGCCUAAUCUUCUGUGAUGAGGUUCAAUUUGUGUCCUCAACUUUUGCACACAGCAUUGUCCAUUCUUUUAGGACAUUUGAGCAAGUUUGGGAGGAUCUUGUUGCUGAUAUAAGGGAUGGUGUCCUUUCUGAAAGGGUCACUGUCCCUUCCUUGAGGAAUGCUAUGUCCAAAAUUCUCAAGUCUGAUCCCAAUUUGGCUAACAUCAUCCAAACAAAAAUCAUGGGGUUAAGCAAUUGGUAUGGAUUAAUUCAAGAGCUAUUUCCAAAUGCAAAGUAUGUGUAUGGAAUAAUGACAGGGUCAAUGGAGCCAUAUUUAAAGAAGUUAAGGCACUAUGCUGGUGACCUACCACUGUUGACUUCUGAUUAUGGAUCUUCAGAAGGUUGGAUUGCUACAAAUGUGAAUCCAACAUUGCCUCCUGAGUCUGCCUUGUACACUGUUCUUCCUCAAAUUGGAUACUUUGAAUUUAUACCUCAAAAUAAGGGAGACUCUGAUUUCAUUGAUGUGGAACCUGAGCCUGUUGGACUCACUCAAGUUAAGGUUGGUCAAGAAUAUGAAAUUGUUAUCACCACUCCAGCAGGCUUGUACAGAUAUCGACUCGGCGAUAUUGUGAAGGUUAUGGGAUUCUACAACUCAUCGCCGCAACUAAAAUUCGUCCGGCGGAGCAGCCUUCUACUUACAAUCAACAUAGACAAGAACACAGAGAAGGAUCUUCAAUUAGCUGUGGAAGAAGCAUCAAAGUUUCUAGCUGAAGAAAAAUUAGAAGUUGUUGAUUACACAAGUUAUGUUGAUGUGUCCAAAGAUCCAGGGCACUAUGUUAUAGUUUGGGAAAUUAGUGGUGAAGCAAGUGAAGAAGUUCUUAGUGAAUGUUGCAAUUGCUUGGACAAAUCCUUUGUUGAUGCAGGGUAUACUAGCUCUAGGAAGGUCAAUUGCAUCGGCGCCCUCGAACUCCGCGUCGUCCGGCACGGAACAUUCCAGAAGAUUCUAGAACAUUAUAUAGGGUUAGGAUCUGCUGUUAGUCAGUUCAAGACACCAAGGUGUGUAGGGUCUAACAAUGCCAAAGUGUUGCAAAUAUUGAAUGAGAAUGUUGUGAACAAGUACAUUAGUUCUGCUUUCAAUAAUUGAAAUCAAUGAAUGAAAUAUAUUUGGGAAAAUAUCAA